CGGCUCCAUUCAGAAAUCAUCUUUCUUGAAACCGCCGUGUUUUGGCGCCAAAUCGUGUUUGGGCAUCAAGGAUUGACGUAAAAGGUUUCAAUCGGUUAAUCUAAUCGUAUAUUACCGUACACAUCAAUAUCAGUUCUGCCGUUGAUUCUUUAUAAAAAUGGAAGAUUCGACGACGGCACGUCUAAAGAAACUAGUCGCGGACAGUAAUGAAGCCCUGGAGCUCAGAUUAAUCCGCAACCUCGACGACUUGCAUUUGGAAGAAGCUGUCUUCAAACCGGAGAUGACUUAUCAAGUAUUCGGAGAUAGGGAAAUAAUAUUUGGUUAUCUGGACCUGAAAAUACAGCUGUUCUACUCGGCAGGUUCCUUGGAAACAUAUUUGGGAAUGAAAUAUACUGAGAAAGUAAAUGUAAAACAUGAAGGAGUCGAAGCCGAUGAGGUGUUAACAAAAAUUAUUCCAAAGCUCGCUCCUGAUGUUCACUAUAGCUUAGCGAAUUUUACUAAGGCGCUUGCAAAGGAUGAUACAUUUAUACCAUACGGAGAAUUGAUACAGUCUUUCUCAAUAAACGAUGAAGGCACGACGAGGCAAUUUGUGGUUUAUAAGGCAGAUAUGGGUUACAAAGGAUUCAGAGAAUAUCAUCAAAGAAUUCAAACAUUUCUUCUUUGGUACAUAGAUGCGGCUCUUUUUAUUGAUAUCGACGACGAACAAUGGCAGUAUUUUAAUUUAUUCGAAAAAUGUACCACGUCUGUGGGUACUACUCGAUAUGCGACAAUUGGUUUCGCUACCGUGUAUCAAUAUUAUGCUUAUCCACAACAUAUUCGGCCACGCAUCGCUCAAUUUUUAAUUUUACCACCAUUUCGAAGAAUAGGUCUUGGCAAACAUUUGUUGCAAGCGAUUUAUCGCGAAUACAUUGGAAGGCGCGAAGUUAAGGAUCUAACAGUGGAAAGUCCGUCCGAAGAUUUUCAACGACUACGAAACUAUGUGGACGUCUUAAAUUGCAGCACAUUGCCCAGUUUUGCGCCGAAACGUUUAAAGCAGGGUUUUGAUAAUGAAAUGAUUGUUGAGGCUAGGAAUGCAUUAAGAAUAAACAAGAAACAGGCUCGCAUAGUAUAUGAAAUACUACGAUUGCAGGCGACAAAUGUCGCGGAUGCAGAAGAAUAUCGAGCGUACAGAAUAGACGUGAAGAAAAGACUGAAUAUACCAUUUAAGAGAAAACAGAAUGAGGAGUUGAAAAUAGAGCGCGCGUUGAAGAAUACCGGGGAUAAAAGUACGUGUACGAAUGGUAAUGGACUACCAUCCGAUGAACAACGCAAAGAGAUACUAGAAAAGGAAUACCGGAUCUUGGAAGAGGAAUAUAAAAUGGUCAUUAAGCGGUUGGAGUACGCUUCUGAGCUGUGAAAUGUGUUAUGUGAAUUGAAUGCGCAUUGAUUAACUAAAAUCACCGAUGAUGCCAUUUUGGCUCCGCUAAUUAUUUCAGUCCUUUUUUGCAUUAGAUAUACAGAAUAUUGAAAAUAUGUGAAUAUAAUAUUUCUAAUGAUAUAAAUAAUAUAAAUACAAAAAUAAUUUUUCACUAACCGAAAACAAAAAUAGGAAAUUACCAAAUUGGCACCUUCGGCAGUUCUAGCGGGAUACUAUCAGCGUUUCUAGUGUUAAUUAAAAAAAUUUUAAGCUAUGAAAACAAAAUAUAUGAAU